AUGGCAGCGCCGCUCAUCUGGAUCAAUGCCUUUCCCGGAACUGGGAAACUCACCAUAGCUAAGGCAAUAAAGUCCAUAGGCGCAUCUGUUACUAUUAUCGACAACCACCAGCUCAUAGAUCCAGUUGCAUGGAAGUUCUCUCGCGAUGACCCGUGCUACCAAAUAGAACGAAAGCGAGAGCGAGAGCGAGCAUUUCAAAGACAUGUUCAAGAUCCUACGACGGCUUCAGAAACCAUCAUUUUCACAGAUUUCCAGACAGACAAUGAAUUAGGUCGAAGUGUUGCAUAUGAAUAUCAAACAGCAGCUAUAACAGCUGGCAGGCCUUUUAUCCCCAUCUAUCUGGAAUGCGAUCUCGAAGUGAAUAUUGAGAGAGCCACAAGUCAGGAACGGGUCUUUAGCACCACAACAAAGUUGACCGAUCCUAUUCUUCUUCAAGAUUUCCGGUCAAAAUGUAGACUUUUUGAGUUCGAAGGACUAUCUUUGGGAAUUUGUGUUGAUACAACCAACAAAGAUCCGAGCGAUAUAGCAAAGAUCAUCUUAAAAUAUUUGCAAGAGGUAUACAAACGAGAAUAGC